AUGCCGCGGAAUCCCUCUCCGCUGAGGCGGCCUCGGGCGCCUACUAUCACGCUGGAUACUUCAGCCGUGAACGACCAAGAAGGCGACCAGCACCAACACCAAAUAACAUCAUCACCGUCUUCUUCGGAUCACGGCGACGAAAUCAAUAAUACGUUAUCAGUGCCCACAAGAAAGUCACGGUCCCAGUCUUGGGACUCGAACAAUACGACAUUAGCCAAGUCAAAAACAAAUGAAGGCACUGAUAAGGGUUCCCCAACUGCACACCUCUCGGACUCUCCUAAAGUCUAUGGUGCCAAUCCGGACGAUGCCUUGGCACCGAAUCCGGGCGAGGAGUCGACUUUUGACGUCGAGAACAACCCGUUUGCCUACACACCUGGCCAGGUGUCGAAGCUUAUUAACCCCAAGAGUCUAGAUGCAUUCGUCGCCGUGGGAGGUCUCGUUGGGUUGGAGAAGGGUCUGCGGACGGACAGGCGUGCCGGUCUGAGUCUCGACGAAUCCAAGCUGGACGGCAGCAUUAGCUUCGAGGAGGCCGUCGCCGCAGGAAAGAAGCUCCCAUCUUCUUCUGAUGCUGUGCCAACAGAUGCGCUGCAACAGGAUGCGGCCCAUCAUGAAGACGGCGCCGGCAAAGGCUUUGAUGACCGGAAGAGAGUAUUCGGGCAAAAUAUUCUGCCCGAGAGGAAGUCGCUGUCACUACUGCAACUCGCAUGGAUUGCGAUGAAGGACAAGGUCUUGAUCUUGCUGAGUGUGGCCGCCGUCAUUUCUCUGGCACUGGGACUGUACCAGACGUUUGGGGCAACUCAUCAUGGAGACGACACUGCCAAGCUGGAGUGGGUUGAAGGUGUUGCCAUCAUCGUAGCCAUUACAAUUGUCGUCGUCGUCGGUUCACUCAACGAUUGGCAAAAGGAGCGCCAGUUCCGGAAGCUCAACCAGAAGAAAGAGAACCGCAUCGUCAAGGUCAUUCGAUCCGGAAAGCCCGCCAACCUCUCGGUUCACGACAUUUUGGUGGGAGACGUCAUGCUAUUGGAGCAGGGAGACAUCAUCCCUGUGGAUGGUGUUUUCAUCGAUGGUCACAACGUCAGCUGUGAUGAGUCGUCUGCAACGGGAGAGUCGGAUCUUAUCAAGAAGGUACCGGCGGACACUGUUAUGAAAGCGCUGCAUGAGGAGGAAGUGAAUCCCAAGAAGCUUGACCCUUUCAUCAUCUCUGGAGCCAGAGUCCUGGACGGCGUUGGAACGUUUUUGGUUACUGCAGUUGGUCAGAACUCUAGCCACGGCAAGACCAUGAUGUCUCUUCGCGACGACCCUGGAAUGACUCCUCUCCAGCUCAAACUAAACAUUCUUGCGGGUUACAUUGCGAAGCUCGGAAGCGGCGCCGGUCUUCUCCUUCUUGGUGUCUUGACGAUCGAAUUCCUAGCUCAUCUUCCCAACAACAACGAUUCCCCGGAGGAGAAGGGCCAACGCUUCCUGCAAAUCCUCAUCACCUCCAUCACCAUUAUCGUCGUUGCAGUGCCAGAGGGUCUGCCGCUGGCCGUCACUCUCGCCCUCGCCUACGCCACCAAGCGGAUGACAAAGGAGAACAAUCUCGUCCGCCACCUGCAGUCAUGCGAGACAAUGGGCAAUGCGACCGUCAUUUGCUCCGACAAGACUGGCACCCUGACGGAGAAUGUCAUGACUGUCGUCGCCGGCACUCUGGGUACGGGCAAGUUCCGCUUUGUCGCCUCAGACGAUCAAUCCACCGAAACUAGCCAGGUGGACGAAGAGUCUCACGUACAUGUCACUGGAGAUGACAAGAAGUCCCAAACCAGUUCCACAGAAGUCCCAAUGUCCAAGCUCUCAUCAGCAAUCGACGCAAAUCUCAGGGAUCUUAUUAAAUACUCUGUGGCCAUGAACACGACGGCCUUCGAGACGGAGGAGAAUGGAAAGCAGGUUUUUGUAGGCACGAAGACCGAGACCGCCCUGCUCGACUGGGCUCGCAGAUGCUUUGCCCUCCAACAAAUUGCCAUCGAACGUGAGAACUGCCCCAUCCAGCAGCUCUUCCCAUUCAACUCGAAGCGAAAGGCCAUGGGUGCGGUUGUGCGUCUCCCAAACAAUAAGUACCGUUUCUUCGUCAAGGGUGCCCCUGAGAUCCUUUUGGGACAAUGCACCAGCGCCAUCUCCGACCCCACGAAGGCUCCCACGAGCGCCUCAAUGGCAUCGGAUCAGCAGGAGCACAUCCGACAAAUCAUUACCGACUACGCGCGCCGCUCCCUCCGCACGAUUGCCCUCGGUUACCGCGACUUCGAGCAGUGGCCCCCCGAGAACGCCCGCAGGGAAGAAGGCUCCCAGAGCAUUGAGUUCUCUAGCAUCUUCAAAAACCUGACGUGGCUUGGUGUUGUGGGUAUCCAGGAUCCCGUCCGAGCUGGCGUUCCGAAGGCCGUGGAGGACUGCCGCACUGCCUCUGUUUCCGUAAAGAUGGUUACCGGUGACAAUGUCGAGACGGCGAGAGCCAUAGCAAAGGAUUGCGGCAUUCUUACGGAGACGGGCAAGGUCAUGGAGGGAAUCGAGUUCCGCCGCAUGGACGAGCGCGAGCGCGUCAACAUUGUUCGGGACCUUUGCGUGUUGGCGCGAUCCAGCCCCGAGGACAAGAGAAUCCUGGUCAAGGCUUUGAGAAGUUUGGGAGAGGUCGUUGCCGUCACUGGAGACGGCACGAAUGACGCCCCCGCCCUAAAAUCCGCAGACGUUGGUUUCUCCAUGGGUAUCACCGGAACUGAAGUCGCCAAGGAAGCUUCUGAUAUUAUUCUGAUGGACGAUAACUUCUCAUCGAUCGUCAAGGCCAUGGCUUGGGGCCGUGCUAUCAAUGACGCCGUCAAGAAGUUUUUACAGUUCCAGAUCACGGUCAACAUCACUGCCGUUGUCCUCACCUUCGUCACUGCUGUAGGAAGUGAAACGCAAGAGCCCGUUUUGAACGCCGUCCAGCUUCUCUGGGUCAAUCUCAUCAUGGACACCUUUGCCGCCCUCGCCCUGGCCACCGAUCCUCCCACCGAGAGCAUGCUUCACCGAAAGCCCGAAGCCAAGACCGCUGCGUUAAUUAAUACACCCAUGUGGAAGAUGAUUAUCGGCCAGUCCAUCUACCAGCUCAUCGUCACGUUGAUCCUCCACUUUGUCGGCCCGAGUUUCCUCAACUACCCUUCUGGCCAGCAGAAGACGCUCGUCUUCAAUGUCUUCGUCUUUAUGCAAAUCUUCAAGCUCAUCAACAGCAGACGCAUCGACAACAACCUCAACAUCUUGGAAGGCAUCACCAAGAACAAGCUUUUCGCCGUCAUGCUGGCCAUCAUGGCCGGCGGCCAGGUCCUCAUCGUCUUCGUCGGCGGCGCUGCCUUCAAGGUCGAGCGCCUUAACGGACCGCAGUGGGGAAUCUCCAUCAUCCUCGGCCUCCUCUCGAUUCCCAUGGGUGUCCUCAUCCGCCUCUUCCCCGACUCGUGGUUCGUCGCCAUCGUCAGCCCCUUCGCGUGGGUGUGGUCCAAGAUCCCCAAGUGGAAGCGCAAGAAGAAGACGGACGAGGAGGACAGCGAUCAUCUGGGCGCCGGCGGCGUCAAGGAUGCUCUGCUGGAGAUCAGAGACGACCUGGCCUUCCUCAAGCGCAUCAAGGGAGGGAGGAUCAGCCAGAUCAGCGAGGUCAUAAUGAAACCCCGUGAGUAUCGCGAGAGGACGCGCAGCCGGAGCGGCUCCCGAUCGUCGAGCAGGCAUAACUCGUCGCCGAUGAAGGCGGCUCUGGGAAUGCCUGGCAUCGUUGCGGCGAGCGUUGGGGGGUUGUCGCCUGUUGAGCGGCCGGUGUCGCAUGAUAGCCGGAAUACGGAUGGAGGAAAUGACCAAGAGAGUCGUAAAGACUAA